CGCGUUUGUGUCGCAGGGCGGGGUUUCCAUUUUCACUGCGAGUUUCGGGGAACAGACAUGGAACCGGAGAUGGAGGACAAAACCUUGGAGCUGAUGAACACCUCUGUCAUGGAUUCGCAGACUGCAGACCGCUCCCCAAAGAUCACCACAGUGUUUAAGCCUACCUAUCUCUGUCCUCAGGUUAGUAAUGGACUGCUAACGGGCUCCAGGAAGCGGCCAUCUGAAGGAAAUUAUGAGAAGGAGAAGGACGUGUGCAUCCAGCUUUUUGAUCAGUGGUCUGAGUCCGAUCAGGUGGAGUUUGUGGAACACCUGAUCUCACGCAUGUGCCAUUACCAACACGGCCACAUAAACUCCUACCUCAAACCAAUGCUCCAAAGGGACUUCAUUACAGCACUGCCAGCUCAGGGUCUGGAUCAUAUAGCGGAAAACAUCCUGUCUUUCCUAGACGCACGCUCGCUGUGUUCGGCAGAGCUGGUGUGUAAGGAAUGGCAGCGCGUGAUUUCUGAGGGGAUGUUGUGGAAGAAGCUGAUCGAGCGGAUGGUUCGGACAGAUCCGCUUUGGAAAGGCCUUUCAGAGAGACACCAGUGGGAAAAAUACCUUUUCAAGAACCGCACAACAGAGGUUCCUCCGAACUCAUACUAUCGCUCACUUUAUCCAAAAAUCAUUCAAGACAUUGAGACCAUCGAGGCAAACUGGAGGUGUGGCCGACAUAACCUGCAAAGGAUUCAGUGUAGAUCGGAGAACAGCAAAGGUGUUUACUGCCUCCAGUACGACGAUGAAAAGAUCAUCAGUGGUCUACGAGAUAACUCCAUCAAGAUAUGGGACAAACAAACUCUGGAGUGUUUGAAGAUCCUGACGGGGCACACGGGCUCCGUGCUGUGUCUGCAAUACGAUGAGAGGGUCAUUGUUACCGGCUCCUCAGAUUCCACUGUCAGAGUGUGGGAUGUGAACUCGGGAGAAGUUCUGAACACUUUGAUCCAUCACAAUGAGGCUGUACUCCACCUGCGGUUCUGCAACGGGCUGAUGGUGACCUGCUCGAAGGAUCGCUCCAUCGCCGUGUGGGACAUGGCCUCUCCCACGGACAUCAGCCUUCGCCGUGUCCUUGUUGGCCACAGGGCUGCCGUCAAUGUGGUCGAUUUUGACGACAAGUACAUUGUCUCCGCCUCUGGGGAUCGGACCAUAAAGGUGUGGAGUACAAGCACCUGUGAAUUUGUUCGGACGCUGAACGGUCAUAAGAGAGGAAUUGCCUGCCUGCAGUACAGAGACAGACUUGUGGUCAGUGGCUCGUCGGACAACACCAUCAGGCUGUGGGAUAUUGAGUGUGGAGCAUGUUUGCGGGUUUUGGAAGGGCACGAGGAGCUUGUUCGCUGCAUUCGCUUUGAUAACAAGCGGAUUGUGAGUGGAGCGUACGACGGUAAAAUUAAAGUAUGGGACCUGCAAGCUGCACUUGAUCCACGAGCCCCAGCCAGCACUCUGUGUCUUCGAACACUUGUGGAACAUUCUGGCCGAGUGUUCCGGCUCCAGUUUGAUGAGUUCCAGAUCAUAAGCAGUUCCCAUGAUGACACUAUCCUUAUCUGGGAUUUCCUGAAUGUGUCAACCAAUGGACAGACAGAAGGACGAUCACCGUCCCGCACGUAUACCUACAUAUCCAGAUAGCAGGGAAGCCCUGGUGGCGUGUGGAGUGUGUGUGAGUGUGUGUGGGGACUGUUCGGCUGACCCAGUCUCUGUGGAAGUGUGCCAGGAUCAAAGGUCGAGGAAUGCCACCACCACCCUCCCCUUCACCCUCCUCUCUCCAUCUGUCCAUUUGAUUUCUCCCCCUCUUCUGUCGUUCCGAGGGCCUCCCCCCCAUCACACAAACCGAAUCGGUUCUCAUUCUCCCUCUCUUGGAGGAGGUGGAGAAAAGAUGGAGAGAGCGAUGCCAUGAAGCAGGGAACGUGUGGGUGGGUGUGGAGCCCACCCCCACAUACAGAGCGAAGGCUGCCCCGGCUCCGCCCCCUGGGCCCAUGAACUCUGUCUGUCUUUUUGUUUAUUUUUUAUUGACAUAAAGAAGAAAAGAAAAACUAAAGGGAGAAGGCAAGGUCUGAGUUGACCUGGAGUGCUUUCCUUGCCCCAAGACUGUUCUGCAUGAAUGAGUGAGACAUGGGACAUAAUGUGUGCUGGUCAACCCCCAGUUUCUGUCUUGUUUUUUUUUUAAUGCUUGUCCUCUUAAGUUGGGAAAUUGACUUCACUUUUGCUUUUCAUGUGAAAUCGUAUGAAUAAUUGUAGUUUUUUGACUCUUCUCUCCAGAUUUGUCCCGCCAUUUCUCCGUUUUAGCGCUGUCCUUCUCUCCGUCUCGUACCCCUAUCACUGUCUGCUCGUCUAGGUUCUGAAUGAUCCAUAAAUGAUCUGAAUUUAGGUGUAAACAGAAAUGUCUUGUCUAAAAUGGUGUUGUAUAUUGAAAAGAUUUUUUUAAAGAAAAAAAAAACAUUAUUAAUAAGAAUAAAGUACUUGACUGUGAAGGAGUGUUAAAAAGCUUACACAAGCACAUGGUGAUUUAGUGUAUUUUUAUGCAUGAUUCCUCAUUUGAGAGUGUCUUUCCAACCGCCCAAGAUUUCAUCAACCUGCCGCGAUUGCUGCCAAACCCUUCUGCAAGCACCGCAGCAAAAGCACAGGGCUGCUGUUCAAAUAUUUAAGUUUACCUCCUGCUCAGAAAAUGUGCAAAUCGGCAGCACUAUUUUUCAUCUAAUGAAGUCUUAUUUCAUUUCUGCUUGUCUUAUGAUCGGCACCAUAGCAACAGGCACAAUAUGAGCCCCAUUUGGGAAAUCAUUUCAACACUUCAUCAGAUGGCUGUAGCAAUUCAAAAUAUGUAUGAAUGCUGAACAAUUUCUUUUAGUCUUCAGUGAUAAAAUAUGAACACUAAUAGUUUCCUUAAUCAUAGGGCUGAAUUCCGUUCUGUGUGAAAUGCAGAAUGGAAUUCCAUCGAAGACAAUAGUAUGAAUGAUUGCAGGCUAACACCAGGCAGUGUUGGCUCGUGAGACAUUAGGGUGUAUGUGUGAGAGAUGGAGUUGUUAUAAAGAGGGAGGAUCAAAAUCCGUCUACAAACCGGGUGAUCAGGAAUGCAGCAGAAGACGUUUCACUCACACGUUUACGUGUUGCUUUAACAUGAAUGUCUUUUGAUAUGAAUAAAACCAAGCGCUUAUCAAAUGAGGAAACCUGGGACUUGAUCUUCAGUGCUGCUGUAGAGAAUGGAGUUAUCCUGUUAUUUGGGUCAGAGUAAUAGUGCUUCCAGAAAUGUAAAAUUUGUCAUAUAUUCACUUUCAUGCCGUUUCCAAACCUACACGUCUUGCUUUCUUCUGUGGAACACAAAUGCAAUGAAAGUGUUUUGACGACUGAGGCUAACAUCUAUUUUUCUAAAGAACGCCAAAGGGGUUAGGAACAACACAAGGGUUUGUGAAUGAUAGAAUUUACAUUUUUAGAUGAACUGUCCUUUGAAACAUCUAUUAAUGACCAGUGAUCAGUUCUUAAAGGAAUAGUUCACCCAAAAAUAUUUCAUCAUUUACUCUCCUUCAUGUCAUCCCAGAUGUGAAUCACUCAUUUCUUCUGCUGAACACAAAGAUUUUUAGAAGAAUAUUUCUGCUUUGUAGGUCCACAAAGUUUUUUAAUCCAUAUGACUCGAGUAGUUAAAUCCAUAUCGUCAGAUUCGAUAUAAGUGUGGGUGAGAAAAAGUUAAAUAUUUAAGUCCUUUAUUUUACAAUCAAUACCCACUUUCACACUCUUUUGUUUUGGCAAUUCGCAUUCUUCAUGCAUAUCACCGCCUAUAGGACAGGGACGUUAAUUUAUUAUAAAAAAGGACACUAAUAUAUAUAUAUAUUUGUUUCUGAAGUCAUGGAUUUAACCACUGGAGUCUCAUGGAUUACUUUUUUGCAGCCUUUAUAUGCUUUUUGGAGCUUUAAAAAUGUGGUGCCCAUUUGCUUGCUUUGUAUGGACCUACAGAACUGAAACAUUAUUCUAAAAAGUUUUGUUUGUGUUCUGCAGAAGAAACUAUUAGAAAAUUUUCAUUUUUGGAUGAACGAUCACUUUAAAUUUCAACGUUCUAUAUCAGAUGAUUUGUCAUUUCAAUUUUUGCAAGGCUGGUAAAGGUUUAGAUGCCCUAUAGUUUAUACCUUCUAGAUCUACUAGGUGGCAAAAUAACAGCAAUACUGGGGAGUGGAAUAAUUAUUAGAAGACAUUUAGCCAUUCAAUGGCAUAAGUGAAGGUGUCAUGGAAUAAUAAGGGGGGGGGGGGAUGUAUACAUCCACAAAAUAAAUACUUUAAUAACAUGAGUAUUAUCAAAAUAUUAAAUCUCUCAAGAUUAAACCAGCCCCAUGCAGUUUUGGGACAGCGCAAUAUUGCAAUACAUAACUUGCAGGACUGGGUCAGUUAUAAUAACUAAUGUGUAACGCUCUAGAGUGGAAAUGUAUCCAUGCAGUGAUCAGUGUUGGAUAUGCACUAAAGAUUUUCUUGCUUAAAAUACUUUCAAGGUUGUGUUUACUCUGUACAAUUCAAUGCAGUCCUGCUAAUAAGGCAAGUAUUUCAUAAAUAGCUAAACUACUUUUAAAAUACAAUUCAUUAGGCCACUAUGAUUCUAUGCAAUGAAAAAACAAACAAACAAACAUCAGAUUAAGAUGAGUGCUUAACUCAUAAUUUGAUAUCUGAUAUUUCUGAUAAUUACAACAUUUAAACUCUUAAUUUUGAAUUUAUGAUCUCAUAA